CUUCUUAUCAGUGUGGCAAAAGAGAGAGAGGGAGAGAGAGAGAGAAAGGGGAUCAGUAGGCGAGUAGACGAGGGAUUAACAACUGUGACAGCGGAGAUGGGGGAAGAGAAAAAGGGAAAUAGGCUGGGAUAGAGAAGCGACGCAAACUAAGAGGAAACAGAUACAGUUACUCCCACCUGACAGAAUAAAUUAAGAAAAAAAGAAAAAAAAAAUAGUUUCCAAAAAGCGAAGAAACUCAGCAAGUGUGUACCACUCCAGUCGGAGCGAGGAUCUGGGCGCUACUUUCUGGAAUUGGGUGGAUCCGUUGUUGGGAAGACUGGUCAUCAACCACCACAGCUACCAUGUACAGUGGAUAUGGAGGGAGUCCAUCCCGAACUCUCUCCACCAUGUCGCUGUCUGUUCGGCCUGUCAGACGCCUCACCUCCAGAUCCAUCACUAGGAGCCAGAGCUUCACUGGAGUCAACACCUACGACAAGCCCUACAGGAACCUCUCAGUGUUCAGCACUCCAGGUCUCAGCAGGAAGCCCAGCAGAGCCAGCAGGAUGUUUACUACGUCCAACAAAUCCAACCCGCCUCCUAAAGUCCCUCAACCAGAGCGAGUGGACGAGGUCUACGAGGCUCUGAAGACAGGCCUCCAGUCAUAUCUGCAGGUUCAUCAGAUGGACUUGGAAAAUCUGAGUAGACAGAUGAAAGAAUCAAAGAGGAACUCCAGACUGGGUUUCCUGUAUGAACUGGACAAGCAAGUGAAGAUGACUGAGAGGUACAUCAGACGACUAGAGUUCCACCUCAGCAAGAUUGAGGAGCUGUAUGAAGCAUACUGCAUGCAGAGGAGACUCAGGGACGGAGCCAACAAGAUGGUUAAGGCAUACACUGCCUCUCCAGGCAGUAAGGAGGCCAGAGAGAGUCUAGCAGAGGCCAACAAAGGAUACAAAGAGUACACAGAGAACAUGUGUGUGCUGGAGAACGAGAUGGAGAACCAACUGGGAGAGUUCCACAUUAAGAUGAAAGGUCUGGCUGGAUUUGCUAGAUUGUGUGCUGGUGACCAGUAUGAGAUUUUUAUGAGGUAUGGUCGGCAGCGAUGGAAGCUUCGAGGCAGAAUAGAGAUCAAUGCCAAGCAGGUGUGGGACAGUGAGGACAUGGUGUUCCUGCCUCUUAUCAACGAGUUCCUCUCUGUAAAGGUGACGGAGCUGAAGAGCUUAGCCAAUCACGUGGUGGUGGGAAGUGUUUCCUGUGAGACCAAGGACCUAUUUGCUGCUUUACCCCAGACAGUUGCUGUGGAUAUUAAUGACCUGGGGACCAUUAAGCUAAGCCUCGAGGUCACCUGGAAUCCGUUUGACAAAGAUGACCAAGGGUCAGUGGCCAGCACUGUCAACAAAGCUCCAACUGUCAGUAAGAGAUUCUCAACAAUCUUCAACCAGAGUCCUCCUGACACGCCAUCUUUACGUGAACAAGCCUUCUAUAACAUGCUCCGCCGUCAUGAAGAGUUAGAGAAUGGAACAGCAUGGUCCAACUCUUCUGAAUCCUCAGAUGAUUCCUCCAGUCCUCAGCUGUCUGCAGGAGGGCUCCGCAACUCCACACAGCCCAAGGCAGUGGUGACACCAGAGGUCCAGCCGGCAGGAAGUUCCUACCCGCAGCCUGACAUCUCAUUUUGCCCCAGAGACUCCGCUUCCUCAACUCCAAACUCCACCCACAAAUCCAGCGACACUCCCAACACGUCCAAACACCAAGCAGACAGCAGCAGGGAAGAGGAGAAGAGUGAAGUCACUGGGACAACAAAACCUGAAAGUGAGGAGGAGGAUGCAGGGACCCAGUCUCCCAUAGAAACAGUGGAAGUAGGGUUGAGCAACAGCCACACCCCACGCUGCUACUCUCGCUCUCUGAGCCACAUUAGUGAAAGCAGCGCUGAUGGCGUCGUGUUGACGGACAGGUCAACUGGCGAAUCGGGGGAGGUGAUGUCUCUGACGUCCGGGAUCUCCAUCAACGACAUCGAAAUGGAGAUGCCGAGCAGAACUCCCGAACCGACCGACUCUGUUGCCACGGACACCGACAUGUCACCAAGGAAGUUAGGCGAUGCCGAGGAAAACGCAACAGCUGUAGAUGACACAGACAGUGAUGGACAACACCCAAUAGAAGAGGAACAGGAUACACUUGUUACUGUCAUCGGCUCUACCACUGCCAGUGCUGACGGAGUGGACUCUAACACUUCAUCAGAAGUUAACACACAGCCAGAGCUGGAGUGCAGCACACUGGAAGAGAGCGGAGAUGUGACAUACGUGGCCCAUCGGGUGUCAGUGGAGGAGGAGGGUGCAGGAGCAGGAGCAGACUGUCUGUCCAGAGAGGGUAAUAUGCUGGUGGACAGUGGGCUGGAGGACGCCCUGGGAAAUGUAGUCUCCUCUCUGGAUGAUUACAGAGGACAGUUCCCUGAGCUACAACUACUAGAGCAAGAACUGAAGCUGCUGCAGGUUACACUGAAGGGCGGUAGGCACAGCCGCUCUCCCAGCGUGGUCAGCCUCACAGUAGAAACAGCUCUAGGCAGCUUUGACUUCCUCAACACGUCUGACUGGGAGGAGGAAGAGGAUGAGAGGGGUGAGAGGAGGAACAGAAACGGCAGGUCUCUGCAGGACAGAGGCUGGGACAGCCCCUCCUCCUCCCCCACCUGCCCUCUCACUUCAGGCUGCACCACUUUAGACUGCACUCUGGUGGUCCAUCUGAAGAACUGCAGUGCACAACUGCUGCGGCUGGGUAUGUUUGGUCCUCUGCGCUGUGGAGAGAUGUACGCUUUGGACAGACUGCUGAGAGAGGCUCGCGUCCUCGAAAUCGCCCGACGCGUCACCAAGGAGAACCCACGACGUUCCCGACAGCCUGUUGAAGUGAUACCACAGCUGGGCUUGUGCACAGGUGCUGCGUCACUAUGGCAACAGUGUGUGGGGCAGGGCAGCGUGUACAGCGUCUCAGCUGACAGCUUCCUGGUCACCCUGUCCACAGUCUACUCCAGCAUACUGCCAGACAGAGCCAGCAGCAUGGCUGACUCAGUAUUCUUGUGUCUGGCAGAGCGAGUGCUGGAUCAGCGGUUACCACGGCGAGGCGGCAACAGAGACAAAGUGAUGGUGACGCUGUUCCAGCUGUGGAGUUACCUGGAGGCCAACGGCAUCACCGACAUGGAAACACACAUCACUGAGCUGGCAGAAGAGGUGUGGCUGGUGCAGAGCCUGGCGUCAUGUGACCAGGACGUGAUCGUCCACGCUCUGAGGCGACCUCCAGAGUGCAGCCUGAGGAGAGAAGGACUUCACGCUGUGGCCAAAUUACUCAAAGACCCACGAGGCAAAGUGUCAGCCUCAGCCAGCUCUGUGCUGAGGAGCCUGGCUGCUCAGCCCAGACAGAGAGAGCAGGCUUUGGUCAGCUGUCUGGAGCUGCUGGAAGAUGAGAAUGUGGAGACCAGAGUGUGUGGAUGUAAAGCCUUAGCUUGUCUCAAGGCCAAAGAAAGCAUCGACCAGUUAGUGUAUCUUUGUCGGACAGACAAGGAGGAAGUCAGAGAUGCGGCCAAACAAGCUCUGCUAGUGCUUGGUGAGGAGGGGAAGAUGGCCCACAGACACGUGGAGAUGUCUCAGGACGGCAUACCGAGACUCUUCGCUCCUGGAAGCAUGGCCAGCACAGCUUUCUAAUGCCACACACACACACACACACUUAAACACAGGUGGCAGAGCUUUCAUACAACAUAAUGAGAAAACACAGUACCCUGUUCCCACCACUAAAACAUACAGAGACAAUAUUUAGCACAUGAUAUCCAGUAUACACUUUCAAAGAGUUCACAUCAUCACAUCAUCAACUACAUCUGUACUCAUCACUGAGCAAACAUUUAGUCAGUAAGCUACACAAAACCAAUCUAAUAUAUCAACCUGUGCUAACUACUCAGAGAAAAUCAGUCGGACUGUAAAGAUGCCGGGAAGAAUGUACAACGUGAGGAGGCUUGAACGGAAAGACGGAUAAAAGAAGGGAUGGAAGGCUGGAAUGGGGGAGUUAAGAGAACAUGGGGGGGGGGCAUGUCUGUGAGUCAUAUUCAGGUAAUAGAGUUCCCACUUAUUCCUCGCCAUGGCAGACAUGUCCCUCCACAGCUCAG